AACGCACAUCAGAGCCUUUCGAAAAGUAAAAAUUGGAGAUGGCGAGCAACUCGUCGACCAGCUUAACCUCGCCGAAUUCUUUGAAUAACAUGAAGAGACAAAGGUCGGCGUCACCUGAAAAUGUCAUAGUCAUAUUGCCUGACGAGAGCUGCUUCCCGUACGCGUCUCCAGAAGUGAAGAAGGUGAAGAUUCGAACGGAAGCCAAGGUGGUGUGGACGAAGGAAGUGACCGAGGCCAUCAUAAAUUUAUACAAGGAAAACCAAGAGGAAAUCGAGAAGCCGGACUCGAACAAGUCUCCGGUGUGGCAAACGAUCGCCGAGACCCUGAACGAGCAAUUCGGGACGACAUUCAGCAGUGAAAAUUGCUGCUGCAAGUGGAAAAGCCUGAAGAACUCGUACCGCAAGGUCGAGUUCAGCAGCCGCAGCGACGCGUCCAAGAACAAGUGGGCCUACUACCAGGUCAUGCACCCGCUGAUCAAGGACCUGGUGCAGGAACCCGAGCCCCGCGGCGCCUACGCGGCGCCGACCAUCGUCAACGACACGCCGACGCUCAGGACGACCGCAGGCUCGGCGCUGCAGCCGACCAUCAAAAUCAUCACCGAGCCGACCGCCGUCCUGAGCACGGUCAACCCGACCCCCGCCCAGGAGGACCUGCACUACCCCAUGUGGUUCAAGCAGUUCUACCAGGUUUACAGGAAGAACGAGGAGACCAAGAUUGCCCUUUUGUCCAAAAUCAAGAGCAGCUUCAACGUGAUGGCCGACCGGCAGUGCAAGGCGCUGGAAAAACUCAACGAGCACCUCAGCAAGCUCAGUGGGUGAAUCGAUCACAAGAAAAUACAAUCAUCUCAAAUAAAUUAUAAUUGUAAAAAUAAACUGGUACAAAUUAUUAGUUAUAAUAU